AUGAAGUCUGCGCUUCUUGCUCAGGCAAAGAAAAUCACUGCUGUGGCGGCACUGUCGGGUUUGAAUAACAGUCCUGUCAAAGGCGACAUUGAUGGGAAUGCUCUUUGUGGAUCUGUCAAUUCCUCGCCAAAUAUCCAUCGGCUUCAAUUAGUCCCAAUUUCGCCUUCUAACUUUCUAACAAAACGAUACCCUCACCCACCUCCUUUCCUCCUUAACAAUCACCCUGCAAGUCCUGACAAGGACAGGAACAAAGACAUCGGUAUCGGAUACAGUGGAGGACUAGUCACUACUGACGAUCAAUUUAUCGGCCCAAAGCCCGCCACCAGGGUUGGUGUGAAUGAAGCCUUCCUCGACCCCGAACCACCACCCCUCCACAUAUUACCAGAUAUGCAGUCGUCCCUCCCUCGACCUGGCGGGUCGCGAUUACCCGCCCCUUCAUCGGCUUCCACCGCAAAUUCUAGCAUACCACAGUCGCAAUCGAGUGCACAACCACUCACAGACCUUGGAGAAUCAACUGUAAACUCCAGACACGCAUUUAGUACCAGCGUCAUCGGAAAACCUUCAAUUCUUAGCACAAGCACAAUUGGAAAACCAUCUAUCCUCAGCACGAGCGUAAUCGGAAAACCAUCUGCUUUGAAAGGACGGAAUCCAUUGUCCGCUUCUACAUCUUUAAAGCGCCCUCUCGAAAAUACUGAUAGCCCUUAUGACCGUCCCACUCAGGUCGCUAGAUCGGCCAUUUCUCAGAAUUUUCCGUCCGCUCCCGCUUCUGCGGCGAGAGGCCCGACCGGGAGGAACAUAUUAGGUAAGAGUACGGUUGGUAGGACUGGCGCUUCGAGGAUUGGCGCUGCGGCCAAAGGUGCCUUGAAUAAAAGUACCCUAGGGAAAACCAAUGCGGCACUGGCGGCUCAUAAUAGGCAAAUUGAAGCUGCAGUUGCUUCUGGUGUCCCAUUACCGCAAGAUGAAGCCGAAGAGGAGACGGAGAACGAAAAGGGAUCUUCUGGACCGUGGGUCGCAAAGAAGAGGCCAUCAAGAGCUGGAUGGGAUGUUAAGGGAAGACUUGCGGAUCUGGAAGAGGACCAUAGGGAAAUGAUGGAACGGUUUGCGGAUACGAAUGUACAAAAGGAUAUGAGUUCUAUGAAAGUUAUUGAAUUGGAGACUAUGCGAGCGACUUUGGAAACCAGGAACUCACAACUUCAGUCAGAGUUGAACCGCGAACAGGCCGAGUUGAAUAAGACAAGGAUGGAAUUACACGAAGAGCAGCGAUUGAGAAGAAUUGAGGCUGACGAUGCUCGGCGGCAACUUCUUAACGAAACGGAUGAGCUACGGCGGAAGGCUCGCGAUGACAUCGACAAUCUUGAACGCAAGCAGAAGACCGAGGUCAGCGAUCUGACAUCUAAACACAAGUCUGAGGUUGAUGAGUUACGGAUGGCGCUCGAAAGGCUUAAGAUGGAACAGGCGGAAGACAAGCGGCGGCAUGCUGACGAAUUGAACACCCUAAAGACCAAUGCAGCUCGGGACUUGGAGGAUGCACAGCAAAGGAGUCGUAAUGAGCUCUCGGAUCUCAAGAACCGGAGUGAGCUUGAAGUUGCAACUUUGAAGAAUACUUCUAUGACGGAGAUUGCGACGCUCAAGGCAACUUAUGAGACGGAACUAGCAAAAGUCAAGGGAGAGUUGAAAGCCGAAACCUCGGCUCACAACGAGACGAAGGAUGAGCUGGCAGUUGCUCAGAAGAUGAAUAAGGAUAUGAGGAAUACUCUCUCUGAACAAUCUGUCAACUCGCUCAAUAUGGAAUCCUCGGCACGAGCUCUUCGGGAUAAGAUCUGUUCUUUGGAGUCUAUGAUUUCCGACAGAGAUAGCUCUAUCCGCGCUAAGGAUGGUGAUGUCUCUCAGAUGCGUAAGGAUUUGGAAACCGCCAUGAUGAAACUUCGAACCGAGGAGACGCUUAGACGGAAGUUACAUAAUCAAGUUUUGGAAUUGAAAGGGAAUAUUCGGGUCUUCUGCCGUGUCAGGCCUACACUUGAGGCUGAAAGCGAGCCUGCGAAGAUUGAUUUCCCGGGCCAAGAUGAUGAAGCGAAGGAUAUUAAGCUUUAUUGUUCGGAGAAGGCUACUCUUAGCGGUGCGGAGACUGUUAAAGAGCAUCCGUAUACCUUUGAUAAAGUCUUCAACCCGACAGCAGACAACAACCUCAUUUUCGAGGAAAUCUCACAACUUGUUCAGUCCGCUUUAGAUGGAUACAAUGUGUGCAUCUUCGCCUACGGUCAGACCGGUUCGGGUAAAACAUUUACGAUGACUUCGAAGGAUGGUAUGAUCCCUCAAGCCGUGGAGCAGAUCUUCCGUACCUCCGCCCAACUUACCGAGAAGGGAUGGACGUAUACUAUGGAGGGCAGCUUUGUAGAGGUGUAUAAUGAGAACCUGAACGAUUUACUCGGCAAGGAUACGGAUAUCGAUAAGAAAAAGAUUGAGAUCCGACAUGAUAAGGGACGAACCAUGUUAACGGAAUGCACGACUAUUGCUCUGAGCGGACCGGAUAUGAUGGAAGAAGUCAUGCGGAGAGCCUCAAACAACCGAAUGGUUGCAGCCACAAAGGCUAACGAAAGAUCAUCGAGAAGUCACUCGGUGUUUAUUCUCAAAUUGUUCGGGCAGAAUAAUAUUACCGGAGAGAAGUGCGAGGGAACCCUGAAUCUUGUUGAUUUGGCUGGAUCUGAGAGGUUAAGCCAUUCGCAGGCUACGGGUGAUAGGUUAAAGGAGACGCAAAAUAUCAAUAAGAGUUUGAGUGCUUUGGGGGAUGUUAUCAGUGCGCUUGGCGGUGGCAAGGAGGUUAAGCAUAUUCCUUAUAGGAAUUCGAAAUUGACGUUUUUGUUACAGAAUAGUUUGGGAGGAAAUAGCAAGACCUUGAUGUUUGUGAUGGUUAGCCCGUUAUUAGCGCAUAUGAAUGAAACUUUGACAAGUUUGAAGUUUGCAAAGAAGGUGUCACAAGUCAACAUUGGGACAGCAAAGAAGGUUAAAGUUGAUAAUGUAUCUCCUUAG